UAUAUGCUUCCUCGUCAUGACCUUUUCGCGCUCUCUUUUUCUUCUCUAUCUCUUCUUUCUUUCCUCUGCUGCUUUCUCUUGAGCUAGUGUUCUGGUGGGUCUCCAACGAGGACUUUAAAGAGAUAUGAGAAGAAGGGUUGGCUGUUGAAGUUGUUUUAGGACUAAAGUUUGAGUUUUUAUGCAAAGAUUAAUGAUAAUGGAUCCGCGUCUUUGUGGUCCCCCUAAUGAAAUCCAGUUGGGGAAUCAGAGAUUUGAAAAUGGUUUCUUUGAUCAAAGUAGGGAAUUUGGUUACCUGCAGUCCAAUCUAGUACCAACUGACACACCUUCUUCAUCUUCGGUUUGGACUCAUGAGGAACCUUCUCCGGAGGAUUGUGAAUUUUCUGAUGGAAUUUUGAGUUACAUCAGUCAGAUCCUUAUGGAAGAAGACAUGGAAGAUAAGACAUGCAUGCGGCAAGAUUCUUUGGAUCUUCAAAUUGCUGAGAGAUCAUUCUAUGAGGUGAUUGGCGAAAAGUACCCUUCUACGCCUUUAGGGCAUCCAAGUUCUGUUGAUCCAGAUGAUGGUAGUGGGGAGCAUAAUUUAUCUGAAAACUAUGGUACUUGUUCUUACAAUGAUGGUGACCUCAGUAGCAUUUUUACUAACAAUUUUUUGCGACGAAAUUUGGGGGAACUUCCUAACCAGAAUUUUCGAGGCAAUAGCAUUUCACAGUCAUCUUAUAGCUCUUCAAACAGUGUGAAAAGUAGUGUGGAAGGGCCUGUGGACUCUCCAAGCAGUAUUCUCCAGGUUCCUGAUCUGAACAGUGAGACUCAAUCCAUUUUGCUAUUUCAGAAGGGUGUUGAGGAGGCUAGCAAGUUUCUUCCAAGUGGAAAUGGACUCUUUGCUAAUUUGGAUGUGGCUAAUUUUUCAAAACUAAAGCCUCGAGUGGGGAGUGAUGAAUUGCCUGUUAAGGUGGAGAAGGACGAGGGUGAGUCUUUUCCUGCUGGAUCCAAAAUAAGGAAGCACCAUCACAUGGAAGAGGAGGAUGUUGAAGAAAAUAGAAGCAGCAAGCAAGCUGCAAUUUUCUCUGAACCUACAUUGCGAUCAUCCAUGAUUGAUAUAAUCCUGCUUCAUAGUUUAGGGGAUGGUAAGAAGCAUUUUAUGGCCCGCCGUGAGGCUUUGCAAACCAAGAAUGACCAGAUAGUGGUGUCAAAUGGUAAAUCAAAGGCUUCCAAUGGUGGCAAGGGGCGUAGUAAGAAACAAAACGGGAAAAAGGAAGUGGUAGAUUUGAGAACACUUUUGGUUCUUUGUGCACAGGCUGUUGCAGCAGAUGACUAUAAAAGCGCGCAUGAGUUGCUAAAACGGAUCAGGCAGCACUCAAACCCUUUUGGGGAUGGAAAUCAGAGGUUGGCUCAUAUCUUUGCUGAUGGCCUUGAAGCCCGCUUGGCUGGUACUGGUAGCCAAAUUUAUAAAGGACUUGUUAGCAAAAGAACAUCAGCUGCUGAUUUUCUGAAGGCUUAUCAUCUAUAUCUUGCUGCUUGCCCUUUUAGGAAGAUGACUGCUUUUAUCUCUAAUGUUACAAUAAGGAAAUCUUCAGCAAAUUCACCAAGGCUCCAUAUUAUAGAUUUUGGUAUCCUUUAUGGUUUCCAGUGGCCUACUUUAAUUCAGAGACUUUCACUAGCAGGAGGAGCACCUAAACUUCGGAUUACAGGAAUAGACUUCCCACAACCUGGUUUCAGGCCUGCUGAGAGAAUUGUAGAAACUGGAUGCCGCUUGGCAGCAUAUGCUGAAUCGUUUAAGGUGGAAUUUGAGUACAAUGCUAUAGCGAAAAAAUGGGAAACAAUUCAACUCGAGGAACUCAAGAUUGAUAGGGACGAGUACCUUGUUGUGACCUGUUUUUAUCGCUGUAAAAAUGUGCUGGAUGAAUCUGUGGUUGUGGACAGUCCAAGGAAUAAAUUCCUCAGUUUGAUAAGGAAGGUCAACCCGAAUAUAUUCAUUCAUGGCAUUACUAACGGGGCCUUUAAUGCGCCUUUCUUUGUUACUCGAUUCAGGGAGGCACUGUUUCACUACUCUUCACUCUUUGACAUGCUUGAAACCAUUGUGCCUCGUGAGGAAUGGGAGAGGAUGCUAAUUGAGAAAGAGAUAUUUGGCAGGGAAGCAUUGAAUGUCAUAGCUUGUGAAGGCUGUGAGAGAGUAGAGAGGCCAGAGACAUAUAGGCAGUGGCAAGCGCGAAUUCUAAGGGCUGGAUUUUUGCAACAACCUUUUGAGCGUGAGAUAGUAAAGAGGGCAAUAGAGAAAGUAACGACUAGCUACCACAAGGAUUUUGUAAUUGAUGAAGAUAGCCAAUGGUUGUUGCAAGGUUGGAAGGGGCGAAUCAUUUAUGCCCUUUCUUGUUGGAAACCUGCAUGACUAACCAAGAUGGUACAAGUGCAUCUCACUAGGGCUUUGUGCAUUAGUUUGACUUCUGAGGAGCUCAGGGUGAGCUCAAUAUGUAGGGUUCGAGAUCAAAAGUAAGGGUUCAAGCUGUGAGUUCAGUUGGGGAAAACAUGGUUACUUAAUAGCCUGAUGGCGUGUUGCUAUUCGAGGCAAAAGUUUGACUAGGUCCACGUAGCUUGGAUGCUGAAAUUGGUUCAAGUGUGGAAGUGAUGUACAAACAGCGGAUCUCUUUACAUUUGCUUUUGAAGACUUGUUUCAACAGUGGAUGAAAAGUAAAUUCUAAAUUAUUCACUCUGUUCUCACAAUUUGUUGGAUUCAUUGUCCUUGUAUAACUGUCUACACUGUAGUCCAACCUUAUGUUGUCGUGUCAUUGAAAGUGUUUGAAUGCUUUAAACAUAAUGUAAAACGUUUUAUUUAAAAAUAAUUAUAGUGGACUAAAAGUAAGUUGAUUGUUAA